AAGUUGUCAACUCAACUCCACAUCGGUUGAUUUAUACAAAAUGGCGUUACCAACUGUUCAGAAAUUCGAAUCGGAGGAACAAGUAGCCGUGGCUCUUGCAAUCUAUAUCUUCCAUCUCUCCGCUAAAUACAUCGCGGCCAACGGUUCUUUCUCUGUCGUGCUCUCCGGCGGUUCUCUAAUCGAUACUCUCAGGAAAUUAACUGAGCCUCCGUAUGCUAAUUCUAUCGAUUGGUCGAAAUGGUUGAUUUUCUUUCUUGAUGAACGAGUUGUUCCUCUUGAUCAUCCGGAUUCUAAUUACAAACUCGCUUACGAGGGAUUUCUCAGUAAGGUACCAAUACCGGCAUCUAACAUCUUCCCCAUCAAAGAAAAACUAUCACCCGAGGAAGCAGCGGACGAAUAUGAGCAACGGCUUAAACACUUGGUAGCAAACAAUACACUAAAAACAUCACCAACUACAGGUUUUGCUAAAUUCGACCUGAUGUUAGUCGGAAUAGGUCCAGAAGGCCACGUUGCAUCACUCUUUUGCUGGCAUUUCGAACGCUUUGAGAAGAAGAAAUGGGUUACUUUCAUUAAAGACUCACCAAAACCGCCUUCUAAUAGGAUCACUUUCACUUUCCCUUUGAUCAACUCCGCAUCCGAGAUUGCAAUGGUUGUGACCGGAGAAGAUGUAGCCGAUGCAGUGAAGGUGGCAUUGGGGAAACAUGCUUCGUAUGGUUACCCGUUGCCAGUGCAGAAGGUUUCACCUGAAGAAAAUCUCACAUGGUUCUUAGAUAAAGAAGCUACUUCAGAGCUUUAAGUUAAAUUCUAAUGGUACGUGAUAAUAUUGUACCUCUAGCACUAAUAAGUUGUGUGGUUUUAUUCAAAAUUGGUAAUAAAAUUGGAAGCUUUAAUUUUGUUU